UCCAUCAAAUUUAUUUCAAUCAGCGAGUGAGAAGCGAAUGGGUGCAGAUAUAUUCACAUUUUCUCGGGCACCAGCUGGAAAGGGUGUAUUAAGAGAGGUCUGCAUCGGGGAACUUCCGGGUGGAUUGACGGUGGAGGACGGUGUGAAGUUGUUCGUCGGUUCGAUCUUUUUGGAAAGAAAUACGUGAUUAAACAUUAAUGUCUGAGUUUAUCAGUGAAUUUUCGAAUAUCUGAUGGGAAGGAUGCUGGUCGAACAGAUGGUGAUGCCCAAGUCGCGGAAGCGAAAGCGAAGCAGAGGGCGCCACCAUUCGUCCAGUUCGCAGAGCUCUUCUGAAAGGCUUGGUCUGGGCGGCCGAAGGAGGUUCAUUGCCAUAGCACGCAAUGCGCCAUCAUCGGCACAAGAAAUGGCAACUGUCCUCGCUAGUGAGUUGAGGCCGGAGCACAAGCUGCCCAAGAAAGAGAUAUGGGUUACCCCCAGGCCACAGUUCCUCAAGUUACUACGAUCAGUUGGAGCUAACGGCAACACAUUCACAGCCAAAGAAGUACUCUCUUAUCUGAUCAAAUACAUCAGCUCAAGGCAGCUAUAUGAUCCCAACGAUCCCAAGAAUGUAUUCUGCCACUCAGACCCCUUAGGUCAAGUCUUCAAUGUCCAUUCAUUCACAAUCAAAGAUGCCAAGAGGUUACUCUUUGAGAACAUGAAGGUCCUUGACAAACCUCCAGAGCUACCCACCAUUCCAAGAAUGCAAUCCAUGCCUGCAACCAUGAAAGAUUGUUACAUCACCUUCCGCAAUAACCAAGAGCACGACCAUGAAAUAGCUCCGGCACCUCCCUACCACCCCCUGCCCCACCUCUACACCCAGCCGACACCUAGAUCUGCCUUCCAAUCAGGGGUCAAGGUCAUGUCAUCGGGGGUUGACGUCGCAGACGGGAUCGGCAAGGGGGUCUUUGACCACCAGGUGAUGGAGACGAUGCUGGACACAGUAUCAGAGGGAAGGGAAGGAGGAACUGAUGAGCCAGACGUUGGGAUCUCUGUGACACCGCCCCCUAAAACACAUCCCCCUUCCAGUGACAACUGCCAUGGAGGGUCCCUGUCUGAGAGUAGUCAGAGCCUUGGGCUUCUGGGGAAUACCCAAUUCCCUAGGAGGAAAAAGCAUCCUAAGAGAAGACAUCAGAAACUAGUUAUGGACAGGAAAUCUCGCUCUCGAUCUGAGUCAUCCAGUCUGACCCUAGCCUCGAAGGCAAGUCAAAGGUCAUCCUCCAAGAGGUCAUCGCAGAAGUCAUCACUAAAAAGGUCGUCAGGUCGAGGAGAUGUGGCUGAUGGACGGAGUCUGGAGGAUCGGCCGUGGUACUGCGUGUACUACGAUGCCGGAGAAGACGUGAAGUCUCAGAGCAGUGAAAUCUACAGCGUGCAGGGUAAGGAGACGGCCGUUGUGACGGAUACCUCUGAUGAUCUCUGGUUCAUGGAUGAUGAGCGCUUCUCUGUAGAGUACGAGGUGGAGGAUUCGGAGUCAGAACUAGAAAGCAAUGACGCAUUGUCAGACUCCACCACAACAGAGGCUGAGAUCUUUGUAGAGGUUGAUGACCUGGGUAGUUCUAGUGAUUCAAGGUUUGCAGAUGAGGAUACCACAGACUCAGAAAUACCUGAAGAGGAUAAAUGGAAGUGCGCCGAGUGCAGCCAAGUAAACAACCCAAUGCAUGGCUACUGUUCUUUCUGCUGGGCUAGGCGGUCUGGCUGGCUUGCGGAUGAAGACAGGAAGAAUCCUACCGAGAGGUUAGGUGACAAGCAUGUACUCAGAAGAGCCUUCUCAGCACCUGCUGGAUGUCGUCUUGACAACAUCAAUCAAGCCAGCAUCCCAGGUGUGGUUUCAUCUCCAGCAGACCAUGCACCCUGUGCAAGCGACGAAGCCGGUACAGGACAUCAAACGGCAAGACCGCACCGCUUCUACUCCCCACCCCAAGAUUUUGCAGACGGGGGGAAGAGUGAUGGUGAAGAGGACCAGCACCAGAGCAACGUCCAGGAGGAAAGGCACGUCUUCUGUCAGAUAUCCUCACCAGGGUUGACAUCGUCCUUGAGACCUGUUCAAGGGAUCUGGAGCCAGGAUGUCAAGGUACCUACGACUUACCUUACCACAGUUCACGAGGCCUCUGAAGAAGCGAUUCCUGCAGACCUUCAUAGACACACUCCUGCAGCCUGUACUACCCUGAUGGGGGGUGCGAUCCAGGGGAACGAAGAUCAGGGUGUCGGGAGUGAUGUGUCCCAAAACACUCCAGGAGUUUCCGACACUGUGUCUCACCACUCUAGCGAUAGCUCUGGGGAUGUUGCAGGAUGUACUCCAAGGAAAAGAAGAGCGUUACUGGUCACUAGGGAAGACUCUGGAGUAUGCCUCAAGAGACAAUCCUCUGGACACUCUGGAAUGGAUGAAGCUCGACCAGUUAUCAAGGGUAUUGUUCCAGUGACCAAUUAUCUGGUCCAGGCAACACCAACUAUCACACCAACAGGCUGUGGACAUGAGAAGAUGAUUUCACAGGUACCAUGUCAAACAAGUUCCAGUGGCAGUUCAUCUUUGGCAGGGGCACCAAUGGCCACCCACAGUGUGUGUAGGACCCCAGUUAUGUCACUGCUUACUGAAAAGACACUAGUUGGUCCUCACCAAAGCACAUCUCUGUCAUCGGCCCUACACCAAAGCACGACCCUGUCAUCACCCCUACACCAAAGCACGUCUCUGUCAUUGCCCCUACACCAAAGCACGUCUCUGUCAUCACCCCUACACCAAAGCACGUCGCUGUCAUCACCCCUACACCAAAGCACGUCUCUGUCAUUGCCCCUACACCAAAGCACGUCUCUGUCAUCGCCCCUACCCCAAGCUCUUAGAACCAAGUCCAACAUCUCUCCUCUGGACGGGAUCGGUAGCGGGUCCUCCAUGGGCAGUGGGGCAGUUGCCAGCCACGCCCAAGAGCUGUGCCGGUUCUGCUGUGUGCGACCCAAGACGGCUUGCAUCAUUCAUGGACGCACUGGACACCAGGUCUGCUGCUACAAGUGCGCCAAGAAGCUAAGGCGACGAGGUAAACCCUGCCCUGUGUGUCGACGCCCCAUUCAGCACAUCGUCAAGAAUUUUUAUGCGUGACAGAGAUCAUUGUUGUAUCCUAUGUAAAGGCGUACAUGGAAAGUGCACAACUUAUUCAAUAUAUCUAGCUUUAUUAUAUGUCUUUUCAUGUGUAUUAGGAUCGACUGCUUCGUAGCAAACCAAAAACGCUUUAAAAAGCAAUCCCUUAGUACCGUUGACUGGCGUUUAAUCAACUCCCUGUUGAUAUUGCUGAAGAAGUGACUUUUUUUAGAUGUCCACAUAACUUAUGGGUUGGUCUCUAAAAUUGCAUGAGAAAAGAAUAGUAUAGGAUUAUUUAUUCUUAUCCUAAUGGAGUAUUAAAAUCUUUAUUCUCAUUGCUUUGAGAAAUAUACAGUAUACCCAUUGAUCAAUAUUCAAAUGAAAUGUACUGCAUGUGGCAAUGAUUUGGUUUGGGCUCUGAAAUGCAGUAUACAUAUGGCAACGUAAGCAAAGCCUGCAGAAUGCAGUGGAGAUCCCAUCAAGUGGUUGGCUAGAACUGUGGUUGAUACAGAUCUUGGUUUCAACUUGAACAGUGGGUUUAGAUGUUGUUUCUUUUUACAAAUAAUAAUAGUUGUGAUAAUCUGGAUAUAAAUAGUGCUUAAUACAGCAACAAUUUCUCAAACAAACAUCUUACAAUCCAACCCACAAGUCCCACAUCUUCUCUAAAAUUAAAAUAUUUGCUAAUUUUGUGAGUGGUCCAGAGUCAUGAAUAGUUGAAUUGUGGCCCUAAUGUUGCGCAGUACACAAAAUCCUUCUUUCUGAGACAGUUGUUGGUUGUGCACAAGGUCUAAAUAUUUGGCUACAGCUAUAUUUUCGAAGUCAGAAUCAGGAACAUCAAACACUUAUGAUUAUCACCCUCAUCAGUGUAACACACUGUUAGUUUCACAGUUGUAAAGAACCACAUUACCCUGUUGCACAUGAGGUUAAGCUUUGGAAAAAUUCUUUGUAGAAUACAUUAUUUUAUCUUUUGGGCCACAAUGAAUACUCAUGUUCUGCAUAAGAAAGACAUAAUGAUAAUUUCUAUGUUGUAUUCAGGUGCUAGAAAUUGUGUACAUGUCUUAUUUUGAAUUUUUGAAAGUUGUGUCAGGUGUUUCAAGUUGUAAGAAGAGUUAGUCAUUUUUGGAAUUGUACAAUUGAAUCAAGAAUUCAAGAUGACUAUAUUUCUGUGUGUGAUGUAGGAAUGUGAACGUGCAAGUCAGUGAGGAAGAAUUAUCUUUGGAGAAAGUUUUUAGUCAAUGUACCGGUAUGUUGAAAUAUAUUGAAUUGCCAAUAAUCAAGAACCUUUGUGAAGGUUCUAGAUGAUGAAUUAUUUAUUUACAAGUGUGAUUUACUUUGAAAUACUUCACUUUAGUAAUAGAAAUAUUUAUUUCAAGUUUGUUAUUUCUGAUUCGCUUGGUUUCUUUUUGAGUUUUGAUAUUCAUAUUAAAACAGCAAUGGUCUGUUGACAAAAGACAGAAGAGUGUAACAAAUGGUAUACUUGAACCAGGUGGGUUCUGUUUCGUGAAAGUAAUAAUAGGUAGGUCCCCUUAUAUAGUGCAGCUACUAUAUGAAUAUACUCUUCUGCAUUUGAUAAUGACAUAGUAUUACCCCGGCUGUAGCUUAGUCACCAUGCAUUCGCAGAAUGUCUCCCUACCGGGUACCCAUUUGAUUUACUUAACCUGGGGGACAUUUUACAAAACUUGUCAUCAGUGACAAAUGACAGUUUUUGUUUUAAGCUGAAAUCCUUGCUUCUGAUUGGUUAUCAGCAGAUUUGUCACUGAUUUUUGUCAUUUGUCAUUGAAAAAAGGCUUUGUGAAAUGGGCACUGGUUGGAGAGUGCCAAAGGACACUGGUUUCAUGGCGUGACUCGAACUGUGAAUCUUGUCAUGUGAUCCACAGUCUAGUGAUGUAUCCACUAGAGCACGACACCUCUAUAAAGUCUUAAGGAAUGUGAAAAUUCAGUUUUCAUUGGAUUAUGGCUGUGGCCCCCAUGAUAAAUGGGAAAUAGGUAUUUGUACGUGUUUGGUUUACAACAAUUUUAUCAGAAUGUUCUUGCUUUCUUCUCAUGUUUGCAUUUUUUUAGCCAUUUAGACUCGCUUGUUUCCAAUAGACAAUUCUUUUUCUUCUUUUUUUCUUCUUCCUUUAAAAAAAAAAAAAAGUUCUUAAAUUAAAAAAACCCAUUGCUUACUGAAACCAGGUGGCUCCUUUAAGAAAGCAUAUGGUAAUGAAUGAACUCUUUAGCCAAUGGCUUAUCUCAAAUUUCUUUUGCUUUGUUUUGUCUCAAGGUUCUUUACAAAACUCACUUGGUUAUGGCUUUGGAAAUAGAAGGGAGUAUGUAGCCCAUGAGACCUAUCUCUGAAAUACAUCAAAUCUUUUAGUGCAAUUUUGUUGUGCUGUAAUAUAUUUUUGAUACAUCCCCCUUUCACUGACUUACAUAUAGGUCCCAAAGCAUACCUUUCUUGGACAAAACAACAUCUACCACAGUGAUUCAGGUUUCAGGCAAAGGCGUGAAUUCAGGCCCUAGCAAUUUAUUUUUCGGCCAUAUUUUAAACUUUUGGUUUACAAAGUAGUCAAUUCUUCAAGAUUUUUGUGGUUCACUUAUGAAUUCUAACUUGUGACGCUGUAAGAGAAUUUGAUAUAUCUUGUCUGUUAAGGUAUAUUUGCCAAGGUCGUCCCUAACUUUGUAUUAGCCAUACACCAAUGGGCCUAAUUUGUUUUCAUAUCUCUCUAUGGGUGUAAUUAUAACUCAUAUUCAAAAGCAUAAUACCAUAUAUGUAGAUACUUUACACACAUCAAAUAAUGUUUUUGUUUGCACAUUAAAUGGAAUGAAUAGAUCCACUCAGAAUAAGUUUUGAUUGCCUUUUUGCUCACUUGCGUAAGCUCUUUUGUACAUUGUGUCCUAUCUAUUAUGUACACUGUAUUAUAUUUUUUAGUUUGUGGAUUAUUUUUCUUUGUAACAGUCAGUUUGAUAAUUGGCCUUGUAAUGUUUGUAAGAAAUGAGCAAGUUAAGUUUGGUUAUAAGUUAUAAGGCAAGGACAUUUCCGUGUAGUAUACAAUUUCUGUAUUUCGAAGGUGCCAACAUUUAUUAGUUAUACACCAAACUUAGCUUGACAUAAGGCAUGUUCACAUUUGAUGCAGUAAACUGAAGCUUUGGGGGGAGGUUGUUUAAAAGGACGUAAUGAUAAAUGUGGUUGACGUUUUUUGUAUCUUGAAAGAAACAGAUAAGUGAGUAUGCAUAAGAUCUUUGUUGUACACAGCUACUCUUUUUCAUCCAUUCGAGUACACAUUACGAAUGAAACUGCAGCAGUUUCCUGUGCCAUUUGUGAACAGGUCAUCACUGUAUGGUAGCCACCAUGUACAUGUAUAUACACUAUUUGCACAUUAUGUACAGGAAGAUUAAUAUAUUUCAGAGUGUAUUAUAGAAAGAUGAUAGAAGAUUAUAUCACAAUUAACAUUAUACUUACCAGUAUACACAAUUGUACAGGAGAAUCACACAAUAAAGGGUUUGAAGGUGUAACUUUCCAGUGUAAGGUAUAUUAACCCUAAUAAUUUAAAGGUGCAUGAAAGCACAUUUAAUAAAACUUUGAAGAAAAAAAAACAUGAUUGUUUGUGCAAACUGUGUAAGGGGAUGGUGGGCGUUCUGCUUAACUAAAAAUAUUGCACAAGUUUUUGGCCAAACCAUGCCAAACGUGGAAUUUACAUUUACUCAAAAGUUGAAUUUGCAUAUUAAAGUUGAUCCAUUUUUUGUGGUCCCAAUAUAUGCAGAGUUAACUGUUUAUACAAAAAUAGCUGCCUGCUUUCUUGCACAUUCCAGCCCAAAAGAAAAAAAACUUCCUAGUACCAGGCUUAUUCAAAACAUUUUAUUUACCUUUAUAACAUGAGAUAUAAACCUAAGGGCUGGUAGACUGGAAUCUCAUAAUCCCUGUUCGGAUAGAUUUGCAAAAUGUUUUCGGUAAGUAUUGUUUUAAGAGGAUUGUGUGCCUCUCGGAGUCUCCCAAAAUAUGAAAUAUUUUUGGUAAAGAUGGUUUAAAGGGUGCCUGUUUGUGUGAUAAUGUAACAACUCACUUUGUUAUAAUUAGAAUUAUUUAUGAUUUGUAUUGCAAGUUUUCAAAUAGUGUUAAAUGUAUUUUAUUACUUGAAUAUACAUGUAUAAUAUUUUUUUUGAAGUGAGUACAAACAUGUGUAUAAGAAAAAUUAUAUUUAAACCUAUGUAAAUCUGCAAAUUCCAAACACAUAACAUACUCUAAAAGCUCUCAAUAUGUGGAGUAAUAUGAGGCUUGAAAGUCAUUACCAGGGGUUAUUGUUAUUAUUUUCCUUUUUUAUUAGAUGCCAAGGAUAUCAAUAUACUUCAUGUUUUGUGUGUAUGACUAUCUUUCAUGAAAGACUGGAAAGAAAAUUUUUGACAAACUAAGUUCUUUGGGAAAGAAAAGAUUUGCUAGACUCUUUGCAAAAUUAAAAAUGAAUAUUUUGUUUUCUUCAUCCUGCAUAGAGAACUCUGCAUAUGGCUUGUGGUCGCAAAUUUCUUCCUCUCAGAGGACACUGAAAGUUUAGCAGAUUGUAUCCUACAAAGUGCAGUCAAAUAUUUAUUCCAAACUUCUAAAAACCAAAACAAUGUUUACAAUGAAAUGAAGAAAGGAAGUUACCAUGUAGCUCAUAAAGUUGUCUCGCAUAGCGUGGUUCUGAUAUCAUAAUGGUUAUGAGUAUACCUUUAAACUA